CUGCAUCGAGAAGUCAAAAUUAUUACCAAGCUUGUACACUUUUUCUUGUACCAAAAAGGGUUUUCUUGGGCUACAAGCAGAAUACUUCUAUUUCAAUUUGAGGUUCUUUGCCCACUGAAAGUUAGAUUGGGAGGUAUUCAAGACGGCGGAAAGUGGAUAUGCAAUCCUUGGAAAGUACCAAAGCAAAACUGCAGUGUCUAUUCUCUUGGGGUUGGUGGUGACAUCAGUUUUGAUCUUCAUUUUCAAUCAGUGACUAGCAAGAGCUCUCUAAUUGGAAUUGAACUGAAUGAACAAAAAAAUCAGUAUGAUAUAUUGACGUUGGCAAAGGAGAAUGGCGACAAAAAAAUUGAAAUUUUGAAAAUGGAUCUUGAAGGUUUCAUUCUUUAUCAGAGUUAUUAG